AUGCCGAAUCGGAGCAUAAUGAGCCUCAUGGGCAUGGCAUUGGCCCCAAGCCCUCCACUUCAAAGCCGCCAGGAGUGCAAGGACCUCCGCUCCCGCUUGGAGGUUCAGGAGGAGAAGAACCGGUCAUUGGAGGAGUGCAAGGACCUCCGCUCCUGCGUGGAGGUUCAGGAGGAGAAGAGCCGUUCCGUGGAGGAUGACAGCAUGCCUACACCCACGACGCUUCCGAAGGCAAUGUCCCCCGAAAACACCUUGAACGGGCGGAUCCAGAACGACGCCGAGAGUGAGGCGACCGCAAUCUUGGUCCGUGGCCUUGAGGAGACUUCCUGGCAGGACCUGCAGCUGCUGUUGCAGAGCUGCGCAGCCUUCGGAGCUACGGAAGACCAUUCCGAAGUGAUGCAGGGUUGCUGCCUCAUCAACUUCGAAGACCCCUCGGCGGCAGCGGCCGCCGCAGCUCACCUGGCAGGUGAAGGACGGCCCGUACAGCUGGUGGACCUCGGGCCGUUGCAGGUCGUGCCUUCUCCGGGAAUCGGCUUGGCGAACUUGGGCAUGCGGUUCAACCGAUCGGCCUGCUCCUUGCUCUCCUUGCUCUCAAUGUCUCAAGUCUCUUUUGAUCCACUGCUUGUUCUCAAAUUGCCUUCAAAGAGCCAUGGCGGCGCUGAUCUCGACAGCGCCGGCCGCCUUGCGGUGGUGGCCUCCCUGGUGUCGACCUGCAUAGGUUCGGUUUGUUUUGUGGCGCUGACCCGGCGCUGCCCCGGCAGACACCAUCUCCCGAGCGACCGGGGCCAGGUAUCGCGAGCCAUUGGACCACACAGCAGUCGCCCUGCAGCCAACGGUUUAAUGCACGCCUGCUUUUUUGCUACCAUUCAAGUGUACCUUGUGGGGCUCAGGCUUUGGAUGUGA